CAUUCUGUGUUACAUGUGUAAACUUACAGUCAUUUCCAGUGAAGGAAAAGUCAUCAUAAGGUUAAAAAUAAAGCACAUUCAGUAGUUUUACCAUUUUCUAUGUUCUAGGUUUUGCCCUUGGCAUUCACUAAGUACAGUACAGGUACAGUUUAAUUACAGUAUUUGUUAUCAGGAGUUUGGAUUUCUUAAUAAACAGUGCAGUAAGAUAAUCCAGGGGAAAAACAACUUGACAGUAAGAUUAGGAUUCUGAACUGCUUUAGGACUUAUGCUCUUUACUUAUGUAAAGGUCGGAUAGUCUUGGAGAAAGGAUUAGUAGAGUUGUAUUUUUUUCACAACACUGUAAUCGGUCAUGCAUGUGUUGAUCUAAACAGGUGCCUUUGCGCACCAAACGAAGUACCCUGAUUUGAAAACUGCAACUGGACUUCACUCCUUUGAGUGUGUCACUGCACCAUUUUUACUUAUAUAAAUAUUGCAGGCCACAUGUCUUUGAACCUGUUUUAAUGUGAGUAGUCUGUAUACAAAGAUCAGUGUGAUGUGGAUAAGACUGUAUGCCUUUUCCGCAGGGCAGUGAUUUAGAGCACUAGCUGUGUCUGACUAAGUAGCUAGCGUCGCCUUAUGUCAGGCCUACAUUGAGCCCUUACAACACUGACUGAAAGUCACACUCCACAGCUUAAGUCUUUGACCUGGCCUGCUAUCUAGGAGAGAAAGGGUAUUUUUAGCUUUAGGGACUCCAUGGGACACGUAUUGAUGCAGCAGAAGGCUAAUGGAAACAGAGUUUAAUUCCUUCUGUCAAUCUCUGUUUACCUUAGUUGUGCAAAUCAGGCGCAUAGGUGUAAAAUAAGAGCUGAGGCAAAUUUGUUUAUUACUUUGUGUGCACGUGAUUUUGAAACGGUUCUCGUUCGUGCGCAACCUACGUAUAUACCUGAAUCUUUUUGCAUGUGCCGCCUCAGCAAUUAAAAACUCACCAUAACAUACAACCUGCAGAUUUUAGCGUCAAGUUGUCAAGGGCAUAACUGGAGAGACUAAAGAGAAAGAGAAGCUUGGUUGGAAUAAACCCUCCCUUUCUCUUUAGGUCUUUCUCUCUCUCUCAUUCUCUCUCCAGGUUGGCCAUUAGAAAUCAUGAUAAUAGGUGGGAACCUCCCCCUGGCUCUGCCUGGGAGUGUUCUGGGAUAAUAGCAUCAGGGACACCUAGUACUACUGCACAGAGGACACACAGCAACAGGCAGAUAGGCUGGAAAACGGAAGAAACAAUGGCACACAAGCAUGGGCAUGGGCAUGGGAGAGAAAGGAUCCAGUUUGCGAAUGCAGAGGACAAACAGGAAUUCAGCAAGUAUCCGACCAAGGCAGGGCGCCGCUCGCUGUCACGGUCCAUCUCGCAGUCCUCCACAGACAGCUACAGCUCAGCUGCAUCCUACACUGACAGCUCCGAUGAUGAAACUUCUCCCCGGGACAAAGCCCAGGUCAACACCCACGGCAGCAGCGACUUCUGUGUGAAGAACAUCAAACAAGCUGAAUUUGGGCGCCGAGAAAUUGAAAUUGCAGAACAAGACAUGUCUGCCCUGAUCUCCUUGAGGAAGAGAGCCCAGGGGGAGAAGCCACUGGCUGGGGCGAAGAUAGUAGGCUGUACCCAUAUCACUGCUCAGACAGCAGUCCUGAUUGAAACUCUGGUAGCACUUGGGGCCCAGUGUCGCUGGACUGCUUGUAACAUUUACUCCACUCAAAAUGAGGUGGCUGCUGCUCUUGCAGAGACGGGGGUACCUGUGUUUGCAUGGAAGGGUGAAUCAGAGGACGACUUCUGGUGGUGUAUUGAUCGCUGUGUCAACACUGAAGGCUGGCAGGCCAAUAUGAUCCUGGAUGAUGGUGGAGACUUAACCCACUGGGUUUACAAGAAGUAUCCCAGCGUCUUUAAAAAAGCCAGGGGCAUUGUGGAGGAGAGUGUCACUGGUGUUCACAGACUGUACCAGCUGUCUAAGGCUGGCAAGCUGUGUGUGCCCGCCAUGAACGUGAACGACUCGGUUACCAAGCAGAAAUUCGACAACCUUUACUGCUGCCGUGAAUCUAUCCUCGAUGGCUUGAAGAGAACUACGGAUAUUAUGUUUGGAGGCAAACAAGUGGUUGUGUGUGGGUAUGGAGAGGUGGGGAAAGGCUGCUGCACUGCUCUCAAAGCUCUCGGAGCCAUUGUGUGCAUCACAGAGAUUGACCCCAUCUGUGCCCUGCAAGCAUGCAUGGACGGUUUCCGAGUGGUCAAGCUGAGCGAGGUCAUUCGGCAGAUGGACGUGGUGAUAACUUGCACUGGCAACAAGAAUGUCGUCACCAGAGAACAGCUUGACCGAAUGAAGAAUGGCUGCAUCGUCUGCAAUAUGGGACACUCCAAUACUGAGAUUGAUGUGGCAAGCCUGCGCAGCCCCGAGCUGACCUGGGAGAGGGUUCGCUCUCAGGUCGACCACAUCAUCUGGCCUGAUGGAAAGAGGGUCGUCCUGCUGGCAGAGGGUCGCCUCUUAAAUCUGAGCUGCUCCACAGUGCCGACAUUUGUGUUGUCUAUCACUGCAACAACUCAGGCCCUGGCACUGAUUGAGUUGUUUAAUGCUCCAGAAGGACGUUACAAACAGGAUGUGUAUCUCCUUCCAAAGAAAAUGGACGAGUAUGUGGCCAGUUUGCACCUACCCAACUUUGAUGCCCACCUGACAGAGCUGACUGACGAGCAGGCCAAAUACAUGGGCCUCAACAAGAAUGGCCCUUUCAAACCUAAUUAUUACCGGUAUUAAUGAGAAUGCCCGAUCCUCAACGCACAGUUACCCUGCAACAAACAGAGAUAUCUAUUUUAUUUUCUAAAUAGCUACAGAAUGGAGGAAUUAUUUUACUUAUGCUGAAUGUAACUUAUUAAAAGCACCUCAGAAGUAGAGUUAAAUGAUAAAAAAGGACGAGUUAAGGCAUGUAGAAAACAUAUAACCAACUAACAUUUUACACGUCUUGUCAGGUGUUUAAACAAAAGCCUACUUGCAUGCUAUGAUGUAUGUGCACGUAUUUAGUUGCUUCAGAUUAUGUUACUAGAUCACAGAGUUGCUGAUUUGUUUACCCCAUUUACGCACAGUGCCAAAUGAUGGCCAUAAGAAUGAAACAGAGGAUACCUUUUCGAUUUUGUCUACCGUGACAUUAAGAUUUGCCGGGUACAUUCCAUGAGCCAGAGUUUAGGCUGAGCCAAAACAAACUCUGUGUUACAACUUAGAUUAUUUUAGAAAUGUUUGUUUUUAUAUAUAUGUCAAAUAAUCUGUUUCAAUGGUAUCUGCAUACAUGCCCUAAAAGGUAACAUCCAGUCAUCCUUUUUAUUAUAGCAGUGAUGAUGAUGAACUGUUGCCUGUUACAUAAACAAAAUGAUGAAGUCUUGUUUAUUCACGUCUUGUGAUCAAGUAAUGUCGUUUUGCUAAUGACAGAUUAAGAUGUUGUUUUAUGUCUGGGUGUGGAGCAGCUGAUGUCUUUCCUAAAAAGGCAGUUGGAGAAGACUUACAGAGAGCUGGUAAAACACUUUUUGACUGCUUUAUCUUCCCUCAUUUCAUCCCAAGUUUCCAUUUGCUCACUUUAAUUCCAGACGCCUCACUGAAGAGUUUUUCUGACUGGAUAGUACCUUUGAGGUCAUGAUAUGAAUGUGCCUUUUAAAUGAUUUAUAACAACAUAAUACUAGCGCUGAGCUUAAUUAUAUGAACCAUUCCUUUUUGUAAAACUGCAUUUAUUAGAAGUACAUUAACUGUCUUCCUUCCACUGCUUCUGGUUGUAAGUAUAACUAUAAUGUAUGAGCUGUGUGUUGGCAAAAUAUAUAUAUAUAUAUAUUAGACUUUAUGUCAGGCAUAUGAUUGUAGUUGUCUUAAUUUGAUCCAACAAGAUCACUUUAAUAUUUCAUGUGAUCAAAAUGACAUAAGUGUAUACUAUCUAUGUAAACGAUUGCAUUAAAUCAGCAAUAAAGCGAGUCUUUUUACCAUGACAAACUGAGAACGGAAAAUGAAGGAGA